UCGUAGAGGGAGUGGAAACAUCAUCGUCGUCCAAUUAAAUGCAAAUAGAUGGUGUAGCAGUCGGAUGCAGAGCAAUUGCUAGUAAAAAUUAGCAGCUAAGCGAGUUCGCCUGCGCUAUACCGUCGUUUGCCUGCGAGCUAAGGUGGUGAGGUUUCCUCAAAAAGUGCAGGGUUCGGAAGGAAGUUCUACGGUGCGUUGAAUAAUCCCUCGACCGCGCAUUAGAGUUUGUGUGUGUGUGUGUGUGUGUCUUGGCUGCGCUGGAGUAGCGAGGCGAAAAAAGGUGCAGAGAAAAAAAAACAGUCGACAUUGAACGAUAGUGAUGAAGUGAAUACUGCGGGUGCGCAAACGAGUACGAACGAUCGCCACUCGCGUGUGCGCGAACAGAUCAGCGCUUCGGUUGUGUGGUUGAGUGUGUUGUUUGUCUGUUUGUUUGGUGUGUGCGUUAGCGCAUCCGCUUGUGGGGCAGUGUUUUUCAGUUUGUUCGCCGCUGCACAACGACCGAGCCGGGCGGAAGGGUGUGGAAGAGGAUUGGGGAGAGAAAAUAGUUGAUCCCAUAAAAAAGUGAUCAAAAGCCGCGGUUUAACAAGUGGAGGCAGCAUAAAAAAAAGAUCCUCGGCAGGUUACAAGUGUUCAGUAGGUUUCUAGAGUGAUUUUACGGCGAAACAGCAGAAGAAAGUGCGUUAUCCAUUCGCAUGUAAAGCGUUUUACCCUUGUAACAUAUCCCUCGCUUAAAUGUGCAACGCACGGUGCGCCAAUUGAGAGCAAACGCUUAAUUGAUCGACCGAGACCACCGACCCUAUCCUCCCCGCCUCCCCGUUCGCCUACACACGAGAUCGUCGUUAUCAUCUUGCGCGGGGGCUCAUCAUUGCGUGAGUGCGUGCGUGCGUGCGUGUCUAGCGUCAGCCAAAGUCAACAGUGCACCGAGAGAACAAGAUCGAGAGUGUUGGUAGCCGCAGACACCGAGAACAGCGGCCCUCUAGAAACAGCGAGAAUCGUUUAAGCGCAACUACAGGCGUGUACGGAUACAUCGUUUCACACGGCCAGCAAAAGCGUUGUAGAACGCUGUAGAAAAUAUUAAAAAAUGAAUGAAAUCGAGUCACUCCGGGCCGAAGCGGAAACGCUCAAGAAUGCCAUUCGUGACGCAAGGAAGGCUGCCUGCGAUACCUCGAUCCUGCAGGCGACGGCACAGCUGGAAGCGGUGGGAAGGAUUCAGCUGCGUACGAGACGCACCCUGCGCGGUCAUCUGGCAAAGAUCUACGCCAUGCACUGGGGUAGCGAUUCGCGCUACCUGGUGUCGGCCUCGCAGGACGGCAAGCUGAUCGUGUGGGACUCGCACACCACGAACAAGGUACAUGCGAUCCCUCUGCGCUCGUCCUGGGUGAUGACGUGCGCGUACGCCCCGUCCGGGAACUAUGUUGCCUGCGGUGGUCUGGACAACAUCUGCUCGAUCUACAACCUGAAGACGCGCGAGGGCAAUGUACGCAUUGCCAGGGAGCUGGGAGGCCAUACGGGGUAUCUGUCGUGCUGUCGCUUCCUGGACGACAACCAGAUCGUGACCAGCUCGGGCGACAUGUCCUGCGCCCUGUGGGAUAUCGAAACGGGCCAGCAGACGACCUCGUUCCAGGGGCACACCGGCGACGUAAUGGCCCUGUCGGUGGCACCGCAGAGUAAAACGUUCGUUUCGGGUGCGUGCGAUGCGAAGGCGAAGCUGUGGGACAUCCGCGAGGGUCAGUGCAAGCAGACAUUCCCGGGGCACGAGAGCGACAUCAACGCGGUCACCUUCUUCCCGAACGGGCACGCGUUCGCGACCGGCUCGGACGACGCCACCUGCCGGCUGUUCGACAUCCGCGCCGACCAGGAGCUGGCGAUGUACUCGCACGACAACAUCAUCUGCGGCAUCACGUCCGUCGCGUUCUCCAAAUCCGGCCGGCUGCUGCUCGCCGGCUACGACGACUUCAACUGCAACGUCUGGGACACGAUGAAGGCAGAGCGGGCGGGCAUUCUGGCCGGACACGACAACCGGGUGUCCUGCUUAGGGGUCACGGAGAACGGUAUGGCCGUCGCGACCGGCUCCUGGGACUCGUUCCUGCGCGUGUGGAACUAGAAGGCGCGUACCGAAUGGUGUUACCACUGGGCGCGAAAACAAACCCUUCCAGAGAACAUUGAGACCAAGAGACCGUGCACUCGAGGUCGCCGGCGUCGGCGUUACCGUUCGAUUAGUAUGCUUUCCAUUUUAACCUUUCUACACUCCCUCCCGAUCAUCUUUAUACCGCGCACAAGCUUUACUUUGUGCGGAAGUGCGCACUCCCGACGGGGCGAGGCCUGUAAGCACCAUAAUUUUAGUAGACACAUUCAAAGGCCGCCUGCGUCACAGCAGACAGGCUACACUAGUGCACUCGGUUCAGCUACCGACAUAUGAUAGAGUUGGUAGUAGAUACUGAACAAUAUGAGCUGAUGUUGAAAACAAAACUCGCACACUGCACGUGCUUUGCUUCCAGUUAUUUUCUUCCCAAAUUGGGAUCGCUUUUCUCUUGGUUUAAAGCUAUUGAUUUUUAUUACGUGUCUUUGUCGAUGUACAACUGUGCAUCAAGCGGCACACACCGAAACCGAUUGCACAUACAUAUUUUGAUCGAACAGAACAAUCUGAUUCAUCCGUCUUGGGACGGUAUAGAUUGCACUCCACUGCUUCUGCGAAUAACGACGGAGGCACCCGCACUUGGCAUAAAAGGAAUCAAAAAGUUGAAUAUCUUUGGUGAGUAUCUCUAGUGUGCGUGUUGCUGCCACGCCGAGAUUGAAACACCAAAAUGACUAGCAUUUGCAACUAAAAAAAUUACAAUCUAAUCUAAAACAAACAAUCAAACAUACACACAACAAUCUUUACCAGAAAUGUGAGCUUUUACCAUUAAAAAAAUUGUUGUAUUUUUUUAUGCAAUUGUAUCUGUAUUAACACCAACUACGGGGGUUCUAAGUUUUUUUUUGUCGGUAAAUUUUGUUUUUCAACAAACGCGGGAAACGGGCGCGGCGACCAGUCUCACACCACACGUUAAGUCGCCAGCGGGCGUUAGUUAGUAACCAUAAAUAAGUAAAUUGUUUGCGAUGGCGCCCCGCAACGCGUAUUAAGUUACAUGUACGUUGUUUUUAGGCUAGUAUUUAAGUUUUAUUAACUCUCCUACUUUCGAUCUUUGUCGUUCGACGUUCCGUUUCGUGAUGGACACAGGGGAGAAGUAGCGAGACGGCAGCCAAAUGUUUUUUUUUUCUCGAGAGGAAGCUAAUGAGGGCGGUAGAAGGAAAAAAUCGCGUGUUGCUGGUGAACAUCGAUUGGCUUAGACUGUGUAGCUAACACUAAAGAAGCAACGAAGUGGAGUGCUUAGGGAUCCGGUAGGACAAUUUUGCCUUAUCACAGCAAUUGAAAGGGAUAAUUUAUAUCGAGAAGCAUACUUUGAACGAUCAUUCUGGUUCAACGAUCAUCCAUCAACAAACCACGCAUGGCAAGACGGUGGAGAGUGUUGUUCAAUUUCGAGUAGAAAUGAAACAAAAAACAUUACAAAACGAAAAAACAUUUCCUUAGUACUACGUAGGAACGCAACAUACUAGCGGUAGAUAAUGGUAGGAACGAUAGCCAAGAUUAAUAAAAUGAACAGUCGCACAGAUUAAUGUUUUAAACCACUUUUCAGCUAUUUAAACAACUUGUUUCUCUGCCUACACCAUGUACCAUGUUAUUAGUAAUGAUUAGUAACAUAUACAAAAGAAAACACCAACCGAAAAGUACGACCUUCACUCCAGGUUUUGCGAACGCGGGAUGCAUAGAAAACUGUGGAGGACAGUGGUUGUCGUUUUAGCCCGUUGCGAAGUGUAAUUGUUUCGUAAACGUUCGUUCAAAAUUCAUAAAUAAAUAAAGUCUCAUAUGUGUAUAUCUAUGAC